AUGCAAUACCAUCAUUAUAUUCCAAGAUUCCUUCUUCGUAAUUUUAGUAUUGAUAAUAAUGAAAGAAUAUUUUUACUUCAAAUUUAUGAUAGAAAGACAGAUCAGCUAGACGUCUCAUUAGUCUCGAGAACCUUUGGAUAUGUAGACAUGUAUAGAAAUAUUAAAUAUGAAGAUGAGAUGCGUGUUGAAAAAGAACUAUCAGAACUUGAAAGGCGUGCAUCAAAUGUAGUCAAAGAAAUUAUAAAGGAGUCACAAGCAGCAAGUCAGGUCACUUUGUUCAGAAAGGAUCUUUACGAUUUGCGUAAAUUCCUUCAUGUCAUGAACUAUCGAAACACUUCUCGAUGGUCUCAAUUUACUGAAAAAAGAUUUGACGCCCAAACUUUGAAGAUGGUAGAAGAUUUUAUGCAAGAACAUAAAUUACAGAGCGCUAAAGAAGUAUGGCUGCAGAAUAUCUAUGAAACAAUAAAGACUCCGUAUGAUGUUGUCGAGGCUAACCCAAGAAUCUUUUCGUUAGAUAGGGAUGAAUUUAUGUUUCGCAAGAAUUAUUAUGUCGUAAUUUGGCAAGCCGGUGAAAAUGAUGAAUUUAUAGUAACAAAUAAUGGAUUUGGAAUAUUUGAAGGAGUAAAUGGAAUGAUAUUUCAAUCACAAUUCCAAUUUGCCUUCCAUUUCUUUUAUGUCAUCUCCCCAAAGCUAAUGUUGGUCCUCUGUAAUAAUUUUUUCCGAAAUGAAACAACAAAAAAUUUGAUGUACAAAUUUUUUGGACGAGACCAUUCGGUGUUUGAAAACGCACCUCGUCCACUGGCAUCUUCAAGGUAUAUUGCUCCAGGUGAAUACCGAGAGAAUGACACAUUUACCUUUCCCUUUGUUAAACUCCCUUCGGCUACAGUUCACCUUGUAAACUCCUUCUUUCUUAAUGAAGCUAGACCAGAACUAGUUUUGGCUUUUCUUUCCCAUUCAUAUCUUUAUAAGUUAAUUUGCAAAUACCCUAAGUUCGAUAAGGAACUUGGUUUAGUAACUCAGGAUUUCAUGAGUUUGAAAAAGCAAUUAUUCAAGGAAUUAAAUAGAACUCAUAAAGAAGAUUUGUGUUUUCGGAAAAAUAUUUCAACUGACUGA